AUGGGUCAAUAUUGGAAGAUUGUGAACUUUGACAAGCGCGUCGCUACGUACAGUCAAGGAAAAGUAGGAGAGUUUCUUCCUGAGGGCGGCCCCGGAAGACUUGCUGGGUGGCUAUUGUUUCGAUUGCAACGCCCCCAGCUGCAACCCCAUACCAAGAAACUUACAGAGACUAUCAUCCAGAACGCCAAAGGCCCUCAGGACGCCGGACUAGGCUAUCUUGGCAUCGCCGUGGAGCUGAUUGAGGCGAUCUUUGCCAGGAUCGACGAUACCCAUGACGUUGCCUGCCUAUGUAUCGCCAAUAAGACACUCUGGGCGAUCGGCCACAAGUACAUCAAGGAUGCGAAAGGGCAUUGGGAGGGUGACCGCAUCAUCUGUGUUGGCGACUAUGUAGGGGACUUGCCGGAAGACAUGCUCUCCCCCGCCGAAAUGGAGGAACUACGCCAGGAAGCUGAGGAGUAUUGCAGAGGGUAUCUGAACUUGUAUAACAUUGCAGAAGAGCUCUUCUCCGACGCCGACAGUCUGCCUACCACGCGAGAGGAUCAGCGUGUGCGGGAGAUGAGUCACAUCGAAUACGAGUUAUACCAAGACCUGACCGAGCCCUACUACGAGGAUUAUAAUGACGGAUGGGUCCUGUGCAACUUGUCGAAGCUCCAAUACGUCCGGGCCGACACCGUGAGGGAGAUGGUCGGCGAUGCUCUAGAGCUCGGAGACGUCCUCCUGUCCCAAAUCUGCUGGUCGACCGACCCGUCCAUCUCGAUGGCGUACAACGGCGAUUUGCAUCGUGGUGCCUGGGCAGGGAACCGCUUUCUGCUUGCGACGAUGGAUGAGGUCAACGGAGCGUUGCGAGAGAAGGGGACGUGGACCGAUGUUACGAAAGUUGUGAUGAAGCAGGUUGCGGAGAUCUGGAGAUCCGAGCACGGUCGGGGGUGGCCUGAGGAGAGGGCAUGGUAG